AUGUAUGAAAAGUUAAACGAAAAUGGUGUGGAUAUUACUAGUCUAUCUCUUCCUGAAUCCUUAUGGAAACCUCUUUGGAGUCUUAAUGUCUCUGAGAGAAUAAAACUUUUUCUAUGGAAAUGCCUUCAGGAUGCCCUGCCCACGAAUGCUAAACUCUAUGGUAAAGUUAAAGAUAUUUCUCCUCUGUGUACUAUGUGUAAUAAUGAUAUUGAAACCACAGAACAUCUCCUCUUUUAUUGUCCCUAUGCUACUUAUAUUUGGAAUUCUGCCCCUAAUCCUGUUUCUUUGAACUUAGAUCAGUAUAAUACAAUUUUAGAUCUUUGUAAAACUUGGUUGGAAAACCCUAGGAAAGACAUCCACUUGGAAACUUUACUCACAAAAAUGUGGUUCAUCUGGAAGGAGAGAUGUGAUAGAAUCUUUGAAGCUAAAAGUAAAGACAGCUCUGUUUUAAACUUAGAAAUACUUAGAUAUGUUGAGUUUUGGUCCACAAAAAAAGGCAAGUCCUUGAGACACACACGGAAAAAGAUAACCAGCUUUAAAUGGAAAGUACCUAGUAUGGGAAGACUAAAAUUUAAUGUUGAUGCUACUUGGAUUUCUGAAUCUUUAUCUUCUACUUAUGGUUUUAUUAUGAGAAAUGAAUCAGGAGACUGUGAAGGAGGGAAGAAUGCAUACGUUUCCUGGAGAUCUAAAGCUUAUAUGCAAGAAGCUCACAGACUAGCUAACCUUUGCAACAACUUUUUGGGUUUUGUCUUUGUGCCAAGAGCAGGAAAUAAAGUGGCUGAUAGUAUAGCCAAAUUUUCUAAAAAUAUAACAAACUGUUUUGAAUGGGAAAAGAUCCCACCUAUUUGUAGUAAAAAACAACUCUUAGUAGAUAAAUCUAAUAUUGGGAGCCUCAUAAACCCCAUAUUAGAUGGCUCUACUUCUUCUGUAACCAUGACUCUUUCAGAGUCCUAG